AUGCAGCAGAUAAGAGGAGGAUCAGUGAGCGAAGUGUUGGUGACUAUCCCUUCAACAACUGGAGGAGGCUUCAAGUCUCCUCAACUACUUGGCCACCACUUCAAUUCUCUAUCCUUGCUCUCUCCUCCUUUCCAGCUUAACAAAAGAUGCCCUUCUUUUGGCAUUCCGAAGCUAGGAACCGGUGUGUAUAAGUGCCGAUCAAGAGGCUUGACUGUGAGAGCGUCAGGGGAUUCAGGUGGUAAUUCGGUUCCAGUUUCUCCUCUUGAAUUUGAGUCCCCAGUGGGCCAGCUUUUGGCACAAAUAUUGCAAACCCAUCCACAUUUACUCCCUGCUGCCAUUGAUCAGCAACUUGAGAACCUUCAAACUGAUAGAGAUGCCCAGAACGAAGAAGCUGCGUCAUCUCAAGAUCUCCUUUACAAGAGAAUAGCCGAAGUCAAGGAGAAAGAAAGGAAAAAGGCACUGGAGGAGAUCAUAUACUCCAUGAUUGUACAGAAAUUUUUAGACCGUGGCAUUUCAAUGAUCCCAAAGAUAUCGCCAACAUCAGAUCCCACUGGACGAGUGGAUUUUUGGCCAAACCAGGAACACAAAUUUGAAUCUGUUCAUUCCCCUGAAGCCUUUGAAAUGAUACAGAGCCACUUGUCUAUUGUACUAGGAGAACGAAUUGUGGGCCCCCUUGAGACCAUUGUUGAAAUUAGCAAAAUCAAACUUGGAAAGUUAUAUGCUGCUUCUAUUAUGUAUGGAUAUUUCCUCAGAAGAGUUGAUCAGAGAUAUCAGCUCGAGAGAACCAUGAAUAGCCUUCCCAAGGGAUUUGAUGAAGACCGGGCAAGAUUUGAAGAUCCAAGUCCAAUGAACCGACUUUGGGAUCCAGAUUCUUUGAUAAGGAUUCUGCCAGAUGAUAGUGGCGAUCCUGAUGGAGGGGUCAUGGAUACUGGUGAAGAAAAAUCAUAUAGACUUAGAUCUUAUGUAAUGUAUUUAGAUGCGGAGACACUGCAAAGAUAUGCAACUAUAAGAUCCAAGGAAGCUAUUUCUUUGAUUGAAAAGCAAACUCAAGCACUAUUUGGGAGGCCAGACAUAAGGAUUGCUGAGGAUGGUUCCAUUGAGACGGCUAACGAUGAAGUUGUUUCGAUCACAUUCUCUGGACUCACAAUGCUAGUCUUGGAGGCGGUAGCUUUUGGAACUUUCCUAUGGGAUGCAGAAAGCUAUGUUGAAUCAAAAUUCCAUUUUUUUAACAGCUGA